AUCCGCUCAAUGAAAUCAUUUCAGUAAAAGUCCGGAAGCGUUUUAAUGCAGCCGUCUAAAAUUAGACUAAACCAGUUUAACUCAAAAUUAAGACUUUUCAGUUCCAGUGGAGCGCCGGGAAGUACAGUUUAUACCCGCAGUUAUGCUCUUCCCCUCACAGUUGUGUCCUCUAAUCAAAUGUCCGAAGUGUUAAGUGUGUGUCCUCUGAGCUAGCCUUCAUGGGAACCAGAGUAGAGCUGCAACACCAGAAAUAGUUCUUGAUGUAAAUAAGUCCUUCUACUCCUCCAAAAAUCAUGGGGAACGGAAUGAACAAGGUUAUUGAUGGUCUCUAUUUAGGAAAUAUAAGAGACUCGGAGAACAGGGAAAGUCUGUCCCAGAAUGGCAUUACCCACAUCCUCUCUGUGUACAACAAUGCCAAGCCUGUGUUGGAGGACAUGACUUACCUUUGCAUCCAUGCAGCAGAUGCCUCUAAUCAGAACUUGUUGCAGCAUUUUAAGGAGUGUAUCAGCUUUAUUCAUGAGUGUCGACUGAAUGGAGGGGCCUGUCUGGUUCACUGCCUAGCUGGAGUGUCUCGCAGUACCACUAUUGUGGUGGCCUACCUGAUGACUGUCACCAACUAUGGCUGGGAAGAGUGUUUAUCUGCAGUAAAGGCGGUGCGCUCCUUUGUGGGACCGAACUGUGGAUUCCAGCAGCAGCUCCAGCAGUUCCAAAGGACCCAGAUCUCAGAGUACCGAGCUUGGCUGCGAGCAAGUUAUCGUCCUAGCCCAUUCAAAGACAAGGAGCAGGUAACAGCUUUACUCACAUGCUACGCAGAGCAGCAGGCACAGGAACGACGAAGACGAGGGGAUCAGGACUGGAUGAAUCAGGCCACUGGUGUCCACUCAUUGCCCUAUAACCGCUAUAACAGUUCUGGCUUUAAUAGAUAAGUGCUCCCCUUGCCCACACUUUACCUGUGUCAGGAAAGCUAUGGAGUGUGUCUACUGCCCAACUUGGUAUCAGCACAAAGCGAAGGAAAACAAGGAUUUGACUGCUUUAGUUUUUAUUAUUUAAUGUACUUCCAGUGCAUAUAUUCACUUUCAAUUUUCACACUGUAAAAUGUAUUUAUAAGUAUAAACAGAAAUAGGUUAGAAUUAAAACUAACAGAAUAAAUCAUUCCAAUAAAAAACACGUUCAGUAUGUUUAUGUUGCUAAUAAAACAUAGAAAUGUAUAAAAUAUUCUUUUGUAAAUUGCAUCCAAUUCUAGUUUUAUUAUUAAAGAUGUUGCCAUUGGUUGGGAAUAUUCUAUUUAACAAGUAUUAAAAAUGGAAGGCUGAUAGUUCUCAGGGACAGAAUGAUCAAACAGUAAAUGAAUGGAAAAAGCUACACAGCCAUAACAAACACAUUAGACAUCCCUGUUCCUAAACUGGUUUGCCACACCUGAUUUUAUAUUUCUAUUGAUAAAAAAGGUAAUCAAAGAAGCUAGCAGUCAUUUGAAAAGAGUUGCAGGAUGACCUGAAAGCAGUAGGGACUACAGUUACACAGAGAACAAUAAGCAACCAACUACAUUGCAGUUAUCUCCAUUCCUUCACUCCAAAACUCUAUUCUGUUCUAUUUAAGCAUAUUUCUCUCUUCUUCCAAGCUAGUUGUAUCCAAUUACUCGUCCUCUACUGCUGCAAAUGUCUAGUCUGACCAAGUACGGCUGUAUCAACCCACGUCCCCUACCCCAACACACUUCUUGUCACCUGCAUGAGUCAGACUCACACUUACGAAGAGUCACGCACUGAUCUCCAUUAUUCUCUGUCAUCAACCAGCCAACACUGGCCUGCCGAUAUCAAACUCGAGAGAACUUGAAAUUUCAGCAGUGGUGGGCUAGCAUGUUUUACCAUUGUGCCACCUGAGCACCCUAAAACAUGCACAUUUAAAGAACAUAUUAAGGGGGAAUAUUGACUUAGAAUCUUAAUCCGGAAAGUAGAUGAAUGUUUUACUAAGAUAGCAAAUCCAUACAUGCAGCCAUGCAUAUAUAACCUACUAAAAUAAAGGCUGUACUGAAUUUAAUUGAAAGCUUUAAGUAGCAUUUGGACUUCUGAGUCCAUCAGAGAGACUCUGUACUUAGUAGGAGGAAUGAACCAACAUUAUAAUGUUGUAACGUGUGAGGUAAAUACUUUUCUCUAUUUUGUUUUAAACCAUAUCUUUGUUCAUGCUAAUAAAUACUAACUUUUUAGUAAAAAGUACAAAUCAAAAGAAAUGAUGUGUUUAAUUUUGAAGUGAAAAUAUGCACUGGAAUUAUAUUAACAGCUAUAAUAACAAAAGUGCAUUCUUGUUUGCCUUUACUGUACUUUAAGCUUAGCUUAGCAGUGCCACUGACUGACUUACAUAGAACUGAACCCCUCAAUGUAUCACCAAAAUCAACUAUCAGUCCCUUCAUUAUAAUAGAUAUGAUCAUUAUAGACAUACACUAAAAUACACUUAUCUUAAACAGUUACUGGUUAAAUUACUAGCUAAAUAAUAAGCUUUUUAUUUUAUUUCCCGUAUCAAAAAAAUCCCAAAGCAUGCAUAACAAAAGUAGCUAGAUUAAAUGUCAACCAACUAAAAAUAAAGAGAACUGGAACAGCCAUACUAACCAUAAUAGCGUUUUCUAUACAGUUGUUAAUUCUGUGUGAAUUAUUUUUUAAUCACAUAUUUUGUAAUCCCAGCUAAAGCAUUUUUGUUUUCAUUUAAAUGGAUAAAUCAUUUAGAAAUGGAAAUCCUGUUACUACUAUUAGUACUACAGGUACUACUCAGUUACUACUACUAUCCUGUUACUACUAUUACUACUCAGAAUACCUGUGCAAUGAACAUAAGUCAAAAACAAACAGCAACAGCCAAACAAUGUAUAAAGUUGUUUUUUUCUGGUUCUUUUUCUAUUUCUUUUUUCCCAUUUGUCAACUGGAUGGAAAGUUAAUCUGCAACAUAUAUGCCAGUUUUAUAUUGAGGUUAAUUCUGUGUGAAUUAUUUCUAAAACAUUAAAUAAAUCCAAAUGAAACCCAUUCAUUUUAACUGAUACAUGAUCUUUUUAUUUCUGAGUAGUCUGUACAUGAUUUAGAACUUAUAUUUUUGAGAUUUGUACUUUUUUUUUUUUUUCAAUUCUCAUUAAAUGCUUUUUUAAACUUAUUAGGGAAGUUUUCUUUCCCCCUUCUUUUGUGGCUUCCUGAAAAUAUAUAUGAAAAUAGACCUAAGCAUAUGAAAAAUUAAAAGUAUUCCAUUUAAUCCUAAGA